GGUUAUGGGGGUGGAGAGGCUGUCCAGAUCUAAGCUUCUGACCCACAAGCAGUGCCCUUGUGUCUGCCAGACUCCAAAGCUCUGGGAAUGUCCCUCCAGUCCCCCUCUGCCCCCCUGCAGCCCUUCCUGUUGCUCAACCUUGCACAGUUCCGACUUGGGGGAGAGAGGGACAGAAAUCUUGCCAAGUAUUUCAACAGGAUGUACUGGCAAUUACUUCAUGGCUUCCUGGACUUGACCUAGUAGCUGCGGAAACCAUGAGCCUGAGUAUCCUGUGUCUGGGCCUUACCCUGCUUGGGGUCCUGCAGAGCCAGGCCCAGGACUCAACUCAGAACUUGAUCCCUGCCCCAUCUCUGCUCACUGUCCCCCUGCAGCCAGACUUCCGGAGCGAUCAGUUCCGGGGCAGGUGGUACGUUGUGGGCCUGGCAGGCAAUGCGGUCCAGAAAGAAAAAGAAGGCCGGUUUACGAUGUACAGCACCAUCUAUGAGCUACAAGAGAACAAUAGCUACAACGUCACCUCCAUCCUUGUCAGGGACCAGGGCUGUCGCUACUGGAUCAGAACAUUUGUUCCAAGUUCCAGGGCUGGCCAGUUCACCCUGGGAAAUAUGCAAAGGUAUCCUCAGGUACAGAGCUACAAUGUGCAAGUGGCCACCACUGACUACAACCAGUUCGCCAUGGUAUUUUUCCGAAAGACUUUUGAAAACAAGCAAUACUUCAAAAUUACCCUGUAUGGAAGAACCAAGGAGCUGUCCCCUGAACUGAAGGAACGUUUCAUCCGCUUUGCCAAGUCUCUGGGCCUCAAGGACGACAACAUCAUUUUCUCUGUCCCCACCGACCAAUGCAUUGACAACUGAACAGGCGAUGAGCAUGGCUGACUAGGAUGCGCAGAGGCCUGAUGGUUCAAGUGCUGCCUGCCUGUCUGCCACUCCAGCUUUCCUGUUGCCAGAGAACCACCUGGCUGCCCCACCAGCCACCAUACCAAUGAGCAUCUGAUGCCUCUUCUUAUUUGGUCAGCACUCCCCAUCCACCAAUGGCGCCCCCUUUCUGCUGAAUAAACACAUA